AAAGAAAGUGCCAAGAAGAUGAGGUUAUUUCACUAGAGACAGAACCAAGAGAAGAUAUCAAGAAGAAGAAAGAAAAAAAAGGAAAUUUUGAUACAUUAGUUCAAGCAAUUCAUGCUAAUGGUUAUUCUAAUCAACUGGCUUGGCUUAGUACUUACAUCAAUGAUGAAGCAAAAGACAGAGAAUUGGACUCUGAAUGGGAAGAACUGUGUAUAGUACCUGUAGAACAAUCAACUGCUGAGGCAUUGGAAACUAAAGUAUUUAAUAAAUUAAUGAUAUCAAUCGAUCUAAUGCCACCCAGUGAGCAGGAAAUCUACUGGAGGAUUCCAUCGUCAAUGAGUCCGCACAAUCUACAAGCAAUUGCGGAAUCUUUAAAUGCACCUCAAGGGGACACUGAUAAUCUACUUACUUCUUCACCAGAAGAUGAAGAAGCACAAGACAUACAAAACAUGAGUACAAAUUCAAACACUACUACUUAUGGAGCUGUAUCUUGGUCAGACGAUGAGGAUGACAAUUCACACCUUGCAUUAGCUAAUGAUAGAGAUCCUUCAUGGAGUCCCUCAGAAGCACGAAAACGAUUACCAAAGGAAAGAGAAGCGAAACAACCACCACCAAAGAGAAUUAGAGUCAGAACCCAAUUUGAUUCAGACGACGGCAAUGAUGAUGAUGAAGUGAACAUUUGUAGAUCUAUUUCUAGAGAAAGAGAUGAGCCACAUUGUCAUAAGAGGAAUGCUAGAACAGAUCACAUACAGCCAUAGAUGGUGGUACAUGUCAUCCGUUUUUCUCUGAAUUAACUUUGUUA